AUGCGCGCGAUGCCGCGGCGCCGGCUGGCGAUGCUGGCGAUGCUGGCGAUGCUGGCGAUGCUGGCGACCGCGCCUUGCCUCUUUGUCGACCCCAAGUUCACCUCGCCCGCCGCUUCGCUCCGACCGCGGCCGGCGUCGGCGCGAGAUCGAGGACUCUCGACAAGGAGGGCGGUGCGGAUGGAGUCGCUGGUGAAGCAUCCGCGACUGCCGGUGUGGCCGGCCUGGUUCGGUGUGGUCUACAUCUUGCUGGACCUGAUUUCGCAGAAGCCCUCGCUGGGGGCCUGGCUGGAGGACCGCUUCGGCGGCCGCGUGUGCCCCAUGAUCUUUCGGGACACCGAAGCCGACCCCUUCCUGUUAGUAGCGCAUCACCGGCACUCCUUCCUCGCGUGGGACCCUUUGCGGUAUGUCUUCCGCCUGCUGCUGCCUGAGGGCUUUCCAGCACACCCGCACCGGGGCUUCGAGACGGUGACCUACGUGCUGCGAGGCGGCCUGGUUCAUCGUGACUCCUUGGGUGUGAAGAAGUCCUAUGGAGCGCCCCAGGACUCUCCGGGCGAUGGGGCGGACUCGGCAGUGCAGUGGAUGACAGCGGGCCGGGGCUUGUUGCACGAGGAGAUGUGGCGCACUGGUGACACCUUGGACAGCACCGACCAGGAGUUGUUUCAGAUAUGGGUCAACCUGCCGAAGAAGCACAAGAUGGUGGAUCCCAAGAUGCAGAUGCUGGGGGAGUCAAAGCGAGCAGAGGCUACUGUGCCACUGGGUGGUUUGCCCACCAAGGUCGAGGAGAGAGGCCCGGUGCCCAGUGCCUCGCCCUCGCCCAACGUCACCGUGCGCGUCAUCGCCGGGGAGGCGGAUGGCGUGACCAGCCCGGUGGAGACCUACUCAGACCUGGCGAUUUUGCACAUCACGUUGGGCGCCAAAGCACGCUGGGCCUGGCGGCUGCCGAAGGGCUGGGGCUGCCUGCUGUACACCCGGCGUGGGGAAGCGACGCUCGGGGAGGAGACGCUUCCAGUGCAUCACACGGCGAAACUGGCGCGCAGCGACACUGAGGAGGAUCUCAUCCUCUCCUCCAGCGAAGGUGCGGACAUCUUGCUGCUGGCAGGUGCUCCGUUGCAAGAGCCCGUUGCCAUGGGCGCCAACAUCAUCAUGAACACUCAGGAGGAGCUCCGCGACGCGAGCCGCGACCUGCAGUCGGGGUAUUUCGGGCCCAGCUGGGACCACACGGAGGAUGACGCCGAGUGGCUGAAUGCGGUGAGCCAACAUUGGCGAUACAUGACGCAAGCCUUCAAGUGA